UCGAUCGGUUGCAGCGGGACGGGAGACGCUCUCCUCUGCCGUCGUCGUCUAUAUAGCCUCCCGCCUCGCCUUCCUCCUCUCCCAUCCUUUCUCAUACGUAGCUUCCUUCCAUCCGCCCUCUCUCUCUCCUCUUCAAUUGGGCGCACCAGCGGUUCUUGCGAAGCUGUUCGACCGAGGCGAGAUGGAGGACAAGCGGAAGGCCGUCGCCAACAAUGAGGAGCGAAGGCAGCGCCAGCGGCGUGAGCGUGACGCGGCAGCCGUGGAAGACACUGCGACUUCAGGGCGGACGACGGCGACUGCAGGCGGCAACGGGACUGCGCAGGAGCUUCCACGGGUGACGGCGGCGACUACGCCCGCUCUAGGCCCCCCACCCGGCGCCUCUUCCCAGUUCGCAGACAACGGGCGUCCGCAGCACGCGCAGAUCGGCAACGCCGGUGCGCCUCAGGGUCACGGCAGUACUGUCAUUGAUCAGCAGCGCCUCCGCGACCAGCCUUCUUCUUCACGGGCAAGAGCACCAGGAUGCACUUGUUGCGGCGGAGCGCCCACCACGCGGGUUGUUCUCAACCUGCCCGUGUGCGAGGCUUGCUACAGGCGGUUUUUUCACGCCGGUGCGCCUCAGCAGCACGCGCAGAUCGGCUACGCCGGUGCGCCUCGGGGAGCAGUGCGCAAUCCAGUGGCAGUCCCUACCCGUGAGCAGCAGUUCUGGGCUAACAUGGGUGCGCCGCCGAGGCCUUUUUCCAUGUUGCCCUUCCGGUGGGGCCCGGUGAACCCCGCACUGGAGCGGCAGUCUUCUUCACCAGCCCACAAUGGGCCUCCCCAGCACGCGCAGAUGGGGCCUCCACCCCUCCACACCUUGGCACCGCCACCGGAGCGGCAGUCUUCUUCACGGGCAAGGGAGCAGCAGCUCCAGGUCCAGGCUGAUGCGAUGAGGCUGCAGGUGGCCAAUAUUCUGAACAACCCUUUCUCGCUCGUCCGGUCGGGCCCGGCGAACCCAGCGCCUCAGCGGCAGUCUUCUUCACCAGGAUGCUACAGCAAUAUCUUCACCGGCAAAGGGCCCUUGUUCAGCAGCGCCGGUGCACGUGCACCCCAGGGUCACGGCAGUGCUGCCAUUGAUCAGCAGCGCCAGCUCGACCUCCUCCGCGGCCAGCGGCAGCCUUCUUCUUCACAGGCAAGGGCACCAGGAUGCUCUUCUUGCGGAGCGCGCGCCACGCGGGUUGCUCUCAAGAUGCCCUUUUGCGAGGCUUGCUUCAGGGAUACAUUCAUGGCGAACGCGCCUCCUCAGCACGCGCGGAUCGGCUCCAAGCUUCCGAGUCCAGUCCCCAGCUAUAACUACGCGCAGACCGGCAACGCGCGUCCGCAGCACACGCUGGCCGGCAAUGUGUCUUCGAGUCCAGUUCCCGCUCCCAGCAACGCCGGCGCGCCUCAGGGUCAGCAGCAGUACCGGGAUUCGGUGGUGGAGCUGCUGGCGGCGACCGAGCCUUCUCCUCCGGCGGGUUCUCAGCGUGCCGCCUAUUCAAGGUGCGAGGCUUGCCGCCUCUCCGGCGAUAAGGCGUGCAUGUUUUGCCACAACCCCGGCCCACCGCCGCCACCGCCAGGGCAGAGCUAGGUAGCUCAUCUCACCGCUGUGAGUGGAGAAUGUCUUCUGAACUCUGGGAGCAGGACAGCUUAAAACUGCUGAGCCUUUUUUGCUUUGCUCUGUUUUUGACACAACAGAUGAUUCCUGUGAUGUGGCCAAAUGUGGCAAUGCAUACAUGCUUGAGGAGAUCGAUGAAACUAAAUACUUGAUUCCUUGUCACUUAGUAAUUGAUAUAUACUUGCUGUGGCUCUUU